CUUGACUUACUCACUGGAUGUCACGAAAGCGAUCGUUAUUCAGGUCUGUGAUCAAUAGAGCCGCUGGCGUGGAAUGGUCUGGCGAGUCGCUGAUUCUCUCGUCCGUUGAGAUUGCCCUUUCGGGAAUUGGAUGAACGACAGUUUAAGUGAUGAACCACAAAAACUCCACAACCAGCCGAGGGAUGAGAAAGGUACGUAGAUCGCCGCGCGUGCCCAAAAUAAGAAUAAAAAUAAAUUAGAGAUGGACCUUCGCGACCAGACCGCAGGGGAAAAAAAGAUUUAAAGAGCAACGCCGGCUUGGUGUCUGCAGAAACCAAGAGGGCAUGACGCUGUUCCAUCCAACAAACGACAGAUAUGUUCCUCGGCGGCAAUCUGCUCCCUCUGCCUCAGCCCAAGCGGAAUAAGACCGAACAAAAUUCUCUUUCCCCCCCUGGAGCAGUGGCGGAUGCAACGAGCACAACUCGGCGGUCGAACACGCAUAUACGGAAAGAAUCCCGUACGACGAGCAACCACAAUCGGACUGUCCUGGGCCGACAAAAGAGAGCCCCAGCCUGGGCAAAGUGUGAGUGUGAUCUCACACACCUUGACACUUCACUUGUCCCAAUUUCUCUUGUCCGGAAAUCCAACCGGACUGGCGGGAUGUGGAUUCAAGCCCUCCCAGAGCACGGGGCCCUGCAACGAAUUGUGACAUUGGGUUCGCUUCGCCCCAUUCCAAGGAGAACUAGCCGGAUAAAUCGGAGCACAUGGAAUGAGGGAGAUCCUAUCGUGGAUCAACAGGGCAAGGAUGUAUUGUCCAAGUGGCCCAGCGGUGCUCAGCCCACGGGCAGGCCAGUCCCGAGGGACUAUUGGAGAGACCGUACGUCUGGCUGCCAUGCUCUCAGGGGCAAAAACGAUGACGGGGGGAAAAGACCAAAAGGAUUGGUGUACAACAAACGCAAGAUGCUGCGGGGUGGUAGUUGGACCACGCAAAAGGGAAGCUCCACCAUACGGCCUGAACCCAGGGCUCAGCUUCUGAAACAUCAAACAUUGCUGCUUGAUGGUAGGCCACUUGCUAAGCGGACCGUAUUUCCGCUUCCUCUACUUUCUCUUAUGUUUUAUGGCUCCAUCCCUCUUUUUCGCUUGAUAUUCCCUUCCCCAUUUGCCCCCAGGGGGGCCUUCGUGGCUGGUCUCCACGACAUUUCGGAGAUCGUGCCAUUCCCAGAUAACAAGCUCUUGGGCCCAUCAGCGCACGGCCUGGGAGCUUGGCUGUUCGAUCCUGUACGUACCAGGUCUCCAUUAUAUGCAUUGCCAUGAUUCACAGGCGUACGGUAACACCGCAACAACAAACAAGAGUGGACGGGGUUAGCGUAGGAACCCGAGGUGCGUAGUCUCACGACGUUAGAAGAGACGCCAAUUAGCUAUGCUUGCUAUGCAAAGGGCCGGCAGUCGUCCACGCCCUUGACAGAUCCCUUGG